AUGUCUUUGCAAGCAGACGCUCGGCCUGCUGCCCAGGACGGCACAAUCGUCUUCUUCCAUCCCGACCUGGGCAUUGGCGGUGCGGAGCGGCUGGUAGUCGAUGCGGCGGUUGGGCUGCAGCAGCGCGGACACCCCGUUGUCAUCUUUACCAACCAUUGCGAUCGCAACCACUGCUUUGACGAAUGCCGCGAUGGCACCCUCGAUGUCCGCGUCCACGGCGAAUGGCCCAUCCCCAUGUCCGUCUUCAACCGCCUCACCAUCGUCUGCGCCAUCCUGCGCCACCUCCAGCUCCUCGUCCAGAUUGCCCUCUCCGGCGAACUCCAAGCUCUCAAGCCCCGCGCCUUUGUCGUCGACCAACUAUCCGCCGGCCUUCCGCUCUUGCGCUUCCUCUCCCCCGAUGCGCCGAUUCUCUUUUACUGCCACUUCCCAGACCUUUUGCUCGCGCAGGGACGGCAAUCCGCGCUGAAACGACUUUACCGACUACCUUUUGAUUGGAUCGAGGAGUGGUCUAUGGGAUUCGCGCAGGCUGUUGCUGUCAAUUCGGAGUUUACAAAGGGCGUUGUUGCGAGGACGUGGCCGCGGUUGAAGGAAAAGGUGGACACUAAAGUUGUGUAUCCAUGCGUGGACACAACGGUUAAGGAGGACAAUUCAUCUGGGAGUGAUGAAGCAUUGCUUGGCGGCAAGCACAAGGUCAUUCUCAGUAUUAAUCGAUUCGAACGGAAAAAGGACAUUGGACUGGCUGUCAAGGCCUUUGCUGCUAUUCCUGAGGCGGACCGCCGAGGAGUGCGUCUUAUCCUAGCAGGUGGCUACGAUCCUCGAGUUGCCGAAAACGUCGAAUACCACACCGAGCUCGAGACCCUCGCCUCCUCCCAGUCUCUCAAACAUCACACUGUCACAUCCUUCGACACCACUUCACUUUCCUCCAUUCCCAGCGAUGCUUCCGUCCUCUUCCUCCUCUCUAUACCAAACUCUAUCAAAACCUCGCUCCUGCGCGUAGCUCGCCUCCUAGUCUACACCCCCUCCAAUGAGCAUUUCGGCAUUGUGCCCCUCGAGGCCAUGCUCGCUCGCGUGCCCGUUCUCGCUGCCAACACCGGCGGUCCCGUUGAGACAAUACGAGACUCGAAAACCGGCUGGCUGCGCGACCCUGAUGAUAUUGAAGCGUGGUCUAGCGUCAUGCGUAAUGUAUUGGAGAUGCCUGACCAAGAUAUUCGUCGCAUGGGCGCUGAUGGCGAAGAGCGUGUGCGGUCUCUAUUUGGUCGCGAUAACAUGGCAUUGCGUCUUGAAACGUCUAUAAAUGAGGUUCUCUCUCAGAAGCAUGCACAACCAUCUUUACUAAUGCUAGUUGGCAUUGUGAUUUCUCUAUUAUUAGCCGUAUUGGCGAUAUACGUCCAGUUUUCAUGAUUAGCCU